AUGUUGUAUUUAUUAGGAUUUUCAUGGGGUGCCGGAAGUUCAGCCUAUCAAACCGAAGGAGCCUGGGACAAAGAUGGAAAAGGACUGAGCAUCUGGGACGUGUUCAGUCAUAAGAAAGGCAAAAUACAACAAAAUGACACCGGGGACUCCUCUUGUGAGGGCUACCACAAAGUCAAGGAUGAUGUUUCUCUGAUGAAGGAGCUGAAGCUUAACCACUAUCGCUUCUCCAUAUCCUGGCCUAGGCUCAUCCCCACUGGCAUAAAGUCUGACCAUAUAAAUGAAAAAGGAAUACAGUACUAUGAUGGACUGAUUGACCAGCUGCUGGAGAGCAAGAUCACUCCCGUUGUAACUUUGUAUCACUGGGAUCUUCCACAGGUCUUACAGGAGAAAUAUGGUGGAUGGCAGAAUAUAAGUUUGGUCAAUCAUUUCAAUGAAUUUGCUAACCUGUGCUUUGAAAGAUUUGGCAACCGAGUCAAGUACUGGAUGACUUUCAACAAUCCAUGGUCUGUAGCAGUUGAAGGCUAUGAGACUGGUGAGCAUGCUCCUGGACUGAGACUGAGAGGAACAGGGGCAUACAGAGCUGCCCAUCACAUAAUCAAGGCACAUGCUAAAGUUUGGCAUACUUAUGACACACAAUGGAGGGCAAAACAAAAAGGUCUGGUUGGCAUCUCUCUGUCUGGAGAUUGGGGAGAGCCGGUGGAUAUGAGCAACCAGAAAGACAUUGAAGCAGCUGAGAGAUAUGUCCAGUUCUACCUGGGCUGGUUUGCCACACCCAUCUUUCACGGAGACUACCCUCAAGUGAUGAAAGACUUCAUUGGAAGGAAGAGUGUCCAACAGGGCCUUGGGACGUCUCGCCUGCCCACAUUUUCCACCCAAGAGAAGAGCUACAUCAAGGGGACCUGUGACUUCCUCGGCAUCGGCCAUUUCACCACCCGCUACAUCACCCAAAAGAACAACCCAUCAGGUCGAAGCAGCAGCAGCUACUUCACUGACCGGGACCUGGCGGAGCUGGUUGACCCUCGAUGGCCUGACCCCGGGUCUGAGUGGCUCUACUCCGUGCCUUGGGGUUUCAGACGUCUGCUCAAUUUUGUCAAGACUCAGUAUGGAAACCCAAUGAUUUAUGUUACCGAGAAUGGAGUCUCUGAGAAGAUGUUAUGCACAGAGCUGUGUGAUGACUGGAGGAUACAGUAUUAUAAAGACUACAUCAAUGAGAUGCUGAAAGCUAUCAAAGAUGGAGUCAAUGUGAAGGGCUACACCGCAUGGUCCCUGCUGGACAAGUUUGAGUGGGAUGAAGGCUACUCCGAGAGGUUUGGCUUGUACUACGUGGACUUCAGGAACAAAAACAAGCCUCGCUAUCCCAAAGCUUCUGUUCAGUUUUACAAACGCGUCAUCAGCUCCAAUGGAUUUCCCAAUCAGAGAGAGGUUGAAAACUGGAGGAGGAAGGCUAUUGAGACCUGUUCCUCAAGCAACCAGCUCCUAGCUGCAGACCCUUUGACCAGUCACAUGGAGAUGGUAACUGAGAUCGUUGUUCCCACUGUGUGCACACUCUCUAUUUUGCUCAGUGCCGUCUUCCUUAUGUUCCUGCUGCGGAGGCGGAACUAG